AUGGUUCAAAAUAUGCAAAAUAAAACCACACUUUUAUUCUCAUUGAUAGGAUCAAAGUAUGCCGUAGCAAUAUUAGAGAAUGUCUCCAGACCAUUCCCAGAUAAACGGUUGCCGGAGGCGUCGAAGUUGAUUGUCAAUUACGAAGAAUACGAAAGUCGAGGAAUCGCUCACGGCAAUUCGGUGACUAGUCAUGGAAGCUCAGGAGGUAGCAGCCACGGAAGUUCUGGAAGUAGUAGUCAUAGUGGCUCUGGAAGUGGUAGUCAUGGCAGCUCAGGAGCUUCAGGAUCAAGCAGUGAUCAAGGAAGCUUGGGAUCCAGUAGUUCAGGCUCGACCAAAGGUGGAAGUUCUAGCGACUCGGAAUCCGGAGAUGAUCAAGGAAACUCAGGUUCGAAGGGAUCGAAUUCCGACGGCGAUGAAGGAGGCUCUGGUGUGAUAGCAGGAAGUCCGCACGUACAGCCCAGUAAUGGAAACCACGGCUCAGCAACAGGGGGAGAUGAAGCUCAAGGCAAGACAGACGCGUCUGAUCAGUCCCCUCAUUCCACCGUCAGCCCCCAAGGCGCUGCAUCCAGCGGAGACAUAGGGACUACUGCAUCUCACGACGCGACGCAGAGCGAUCGCGAUCUGGCUAGUUCAAUAGAAAUCACUACUUUGACGACCACCACUGGUGGACGCGUCCUAACGCAAACUUCUACGAGGCAUCGCUAUCGGAACUCCACAAACGGAGCCGAUCUGCUCAUGAAAAACCACCUUUUUGACGCCGGAAUUGUAGCCAUCGGAGUUCUUCUUCUGUGA